GAUCGAGCACACAGGAUUGGCCAGACGAAGACCGUGCGGGUGUUCAGGUUCAUCACAGACAACACGGUGGAGGAGAGGAUCGUGGAGCGCGCCGAGAUGAAGCUGCGCCUGGACUCCAUAGUCAUCCAGCAAGGAAGACUGGUAGAUCAAAACCUGAAUAAACUGGGGAAGGAUGAGAUGCUGCAGAUGAUCAGACAUGGAGCCACACACGUGUUUGCCUCAAAGGAGAGCGAGAUCACAGAUGAGGAUAUCGAUCACAUUCUGGAAAGAGGUGCAAAGAAGACUGCAGAAAUGAAUGAAAAACUUUCCAAGAUGGGUGAAAGCUCACUCAGGAAUUUCACAAUGGAUACAGAGUCCAGCGUGUAUAAUUUUGAAGGGGAAGACUACAGAGAAAAACAGAAGAUGGCAUUUACAGAGUGGAUCGAGCCUCCCAAACGGGAGCGGAAGGCCAAUUACGCUGUGGACGCCUACUUCAGGGAGGCUCUUCGAGUCAGUGAGCCAAAAGCACCCAAGGCACCACGGCCUCCAAAACAGCCAAAUGUACAGGAUUUCCAGUUCUUUCCUCCACGCCUCUUUGAACUACUGGAAAAAGAGAUUCUCUACUACAGGAAGACAAUUGGGUACAAGGUACCUCGUAAUCCUGACCUGCCCAACGCAGCCCAAGCACAAAAGGAAGAGCAGCUGAAGAUUGAUGAGGCUGAACCUCUUAAUGAUGAAGAGCUAGAAGAAAAAGAGAAGCUUCUAACGCAGGGAUUCACUAACUGGAACAAGAGAGAUUUCAACCAGUUCAUCAAAGCUAAUGAGAAGUGGGGCCGUGAUGACAUUGAAAAUAUAGCACGAGAAGUGGAAGGAAAAACCCCCGAGGAAGUCAUUGAGUAUUCAGCCGUGUUCUGGGAACGAUGCAAUGAACUGCAGGACAUAGAGAAGAUCAUGGCUCAGAUAGAACGAGGAGAGGCCAGGAUUCAGAGGCGAAUCAGCAUCAAAAAAGCACUUGACACAAAGAUUGGCAGAUACAAAGCCCCUUUCCACCAGCUAAGAAUAUCAUAUGGUACCAAUAAGGGGAAGAAUUACACUGAAGAGGAGGAUCGUUUUCUCAUCUGUAUGCUGCACAAGCUGGGAUUUGAUAAAGAAAAUGUCUACGAUGAGUUAAGACAGUGUAUCAGGAACUCCCCCCAGUUCAGAUUUGACUGGUUCCUCAAGUCCAGGACUGCAAUGGAGCUGCAAAGGAGAUGCAAUACUCUAAUCACCCUCAUUGAAAGAGAAAACAUGGAACUGGAAGAAAAGGAGAAGGCAGAAAAGAAGAAGCGUGGACCAAAACCAUCUUCGGCCCAGAAGCGCAAAAUGGAUGGUGCUCCUGAUGGGCGUGGAAGGAAAAAGAAGCUAAAGCUGUGAAUAAAGAAUUUUUGUAAUCACUAAAUUUAAAAAAGUAGUUCUUUAAUUUACGGGUCUUCAUAAGAUGUACUGUAUAAUGCUCAACUAUUAUGUCAUUAAAGGACAUCGGGUUCAUCUGUUUACUGAACUAGAAGCAUAGUCCUUAAUGUAGGUUCACUUUUUUAAAUGCAACAGCUGUGCUGAAUUUUUUUUACCAUUAACACUUGAAGUAAUAAAUAGGCUUCAUUUAUUAA